AUGGCCUCCGUCGCCGAUCCGACCGCCGCCUCCACCGGCUUGCAGGACGAGAAGGCCGCCGCCGCCGCCGCCUCUCCGUCAUCGGACCGCAUCAAGAAGCUCAUCGCCUCGCCGCCUCCGGCGUCCUCCAUCCCUCCCCCUCCCGUCCUGACACCGGACCAGCAGUCCAAGUACGAUGGCCUCCUCGCCCAGGCCCGCACCUGGACCGAGGUCAAGUGCACCUCCGCCGGCCACGCCGAAAAGUCGGGCCCCCUGACCGACGCCGACCGCCAGUGGCUCACGCGUGAGUGCCUUCUCCGCUACCUCCGCGCGACGUCGUGGAACCCCAAGGCCGCCGAGAAGCGUCUGCUCGAGACCCUCGCCUGGCGUCGCGAGUACGGCGUCGAGGCUCUCACGCCCGACCACAUCUCGGUCGAGAACGAGACGGGUAAGCAGGUCGUCCUCGGCUUCGACAACGAGGCCCGCCCGUGCCUCUAUCUCAGCCCCGGCCACCAGAACACCGACCCUUCCCCGCGCCAGGUCCAGCACCUUGUCUUCAUGCUCGAGCGCGUCAUCGAGCUCAUGCCCGCCGGCCAGGAAAAGGUCGCCCUGCUCAUCAACUUCAAGUCUUCCAAGCGCCGCUCCAACUCGGCGCCCAGCCUCGGCCUCGCCCGCGAGGUCCUGCACAUUCUCCAGACGCACUACCCGGAGCGUCUGGGCAGGGCUCUUAUUAUCAAUGUCCCCUGGGUGGUCACUGGCUUCUUCAAGCUCAUCACCCCUUUCAUCGACCCCAUGACGCGGGACAAGCUCAAGUUCAACGAGGACAUGCGCCAGUACGUCCACGAGGACCAGCUGUGGACCGAGUUCGGCGGCGGCAAGCUCGAGUUCGAGUACGACCACGCCGUCUACUGGCCCGUCAUGAACGACGUAUGCAAGGAGAAGCGCGAUUUCUAUGCCGCACGCUGGGUCGCCGGCGGCAAGCAGGUGGGCGAGUUGGAGACCUACCUUGCCGGCGCCGCCGCGAAGGGUGUUGGCCCGGGUACCGCUGCUCCUCCUGCUGCUGCGGCUGCUGUUGAUGCCGAGGCUGAGUCAACGCCUGUUGUGCAAUGA